AUGCCGAUAGCCAUGUUAAAAAAGUUCCGUCACCUCCACCAGCGUAUCAGCCGGCUCCACUGCACGGCCCCUCUGCACGGCUCCACUGCACGGCUCCACUGCACGGCUCCACUGCACGGCCCCUCUGCACGGCUCCACUGCACGGCCCCUCUGCACGGCUCCACUGCACGGCCCCUCUGCACGGCUCCACUGCACGGCCCCUCUGCACGGCUCCACUGCACGGCCCCUCUGCACGGCUCCACUGCACGGCCCCUCUGCACGGCUCCACUGCACGGCCCCUCUGCACGGCUCCACUGCACGGCCCCACUGCACGGCCCCACUGCACGGCUCCACUGCACGGCCCCUCUGCACGGCCCCACUGCACGGCUCCACUGCACGGCCCCUCUGCACGGCUCCACUGCACGGCCCCUCUGCACGGCUCCACUGCACGGCUCCACUGCACGGCCCCUCUGCACGGCUCCACUGCACGGCCCCUCUGCACGGCUCCACUGCACGGCCCCACUGCACGGCCCCACUGCACGGCUCCACUGCACGGCCCCUCUGCACGGCCCCACUGCACGGCUCCACUGCACGGCCCCACUGCACGGCCCCUCUGCACGGCCCCUCUGCACGGCUCCACUGCACGGCCCCUCUGCACGGCUCCACUGCACGGCUCCACUGCACGGCCCCACUGCACGGCCCCUCUGCACGGCCCCUCUGCACGGCUCCACUGCACGGCUCCACUGCACGGCCCCUCUGCACGGCCCCUCUGCACGGCUCCACUGCACGGCUCCACUGCACAGCACUCUGUCAACCUUUUGUUCCCCGCUGGUGCUGGGGGGUCUGGUGUCAGUCUAA